UGGAAGAAGGGAUAGAGUUUACAACAAAGAGUGUGUCCUAUUCAUAUAGUGGUGACAUUCUUGAGUACAUGUCUGGGAUUGAUUUAUCUUGUAACAGGUUAACUGGGCAAAUCCCACUCGAAAUGGGAAAUUUAAGUGAAAUCCAUUCGUUAAACUUAUCCUACAAUAACUUGGUCGGAGUUAUACCUUUAUCAUUUUCACAACUUAAGCAAAUUGAGAGUUUGGACCUUUCUUACAACAACUUGAGUGGUAGAAUCCCAAUACAGUUGGUUGAGUUAAACUUUCUAGAGGUUUUCAGUGUGGCACACAACAACUUGUCAGGUAGUAUUCCAGAGCCAAAAGCUCAGUUUGGGACCUUUGAUGAAAGCAGCUACGAGGGAAACCCUCUUCUUUGUGGGCCUCCAUUGCAAAAUAACUGCUUUAAAACUGAGUCACCACCAACAGUACCUACUACAACAGACAAUGAAGGAGAAGGUAGUUUCAUGGACACAUAUGUUUUUUGUGUGAGCUUUCUGGUUUCAUAUGUAAUUGUUUUAUUGGGAAUUUUUGUUGUUCUAUACAUAAAUCCAUAUUGGCGACAAGCAUGGUUUUCUUUCAUUGAGAGUUGCAUCACUACCAGUCGCUACUCAAUUGUGGGCAAUUUUCUUGAGUUAUGCAUCUUCAGAAGAUGUGCCUAGGUAUUAUGGGAGCUCUUAUGAUUUGCCUUUUGUUUGAAUGUGGUGAAGAUUUGGAUAAAGUUGAUUUUGUUGUCAGAAGAAGUUUGGUGAUUUGAUCUUUUAAAUAGGGGAUUUCUUUUAGCUGACUGUUCUGUUAAAAUAGUUGUAGGAAGAGUUGUGGAUUUUGCACUUUGAACAGAGCUUUAUGUCUCUGUCGAAACUCUGUUUUUGGUAUUUGUUUUGUUUCGAAGGAAGCCUAUAGCUUUGUGUCUUAUUGAUUUUAUUUUCUACACAAAUAUUCAAUUCUCUAUUCUCCAUCAUCUACAAGUUAUUAUUAAUAUCUUUUCCAAGUUAUUAUUCAAAUUGGCAAAUUUUUCCUCAUUAGUUUUGACUUAGUUUUGAGCUUCUAGUAAAUGAUAUCUGGCAUAAAUUGUAGCGAAGGCAAAGAUUGCUGGCUAUGGCCUACCAAGAACAUUUCUAAAGUUGUAUUGGUUGGCUUCAUUUGUUUUAACCAGAUUUUAUAUCGAUCGUAAAAAGCUUUUUCAAUUUAUUUUCUUUGAUGCUUAAAAAAUUAGAUUUUAAACAAAAACAAUACUAAUUGUAUUAGUAAGAAUUUGAAUUUUAAAUGCAAUACAUCACAAUAAGUCAAUAAUUAAGAAUAUAUAAAAUUUUUUAAAAGAAAUUCUAU